AUGAUCGACCACGUCCUGGGAAGGCCGUCGGUCAAGUCGCGCCGCCUCCAAGUGCUGGCGGUGCUGGCUUUCUGGUCGGCAUACAUUUUCAGAGGCCAUCCCCACGGCCCGCCCGUAAUCCGCUUCCUCUCCAAGCUCACGACGAAGCGCCUCACAGCAUGGCAGACGGUCGUCAUCACCAUGAUUUAUCUCUACGCGGCCCGACACUUCAGCACUCUCGUCGGCCUCGCCAGCCCCGAGCCCAUGGCCAACAUGUACGAUGCCACCUACUUCCGGGCCACAUGGAUCUUGACUGCAUUGGACGCCGGCUUCUGGACGGCCAUGAAGAUUCGCGCAAAAUGGCUUCGUGACCUCGCCAGCAUCGUCUUCUCCGUCUUCUACAUGUUCGCCGCCGAGAAGGCCGAUGAGAAGGUGCGCAAGGUGCGCGGUAUGUUGACUGUCGAACAUCUGCGAGUGUCCUGGGACAAGGGAACGACGCCCUACUUGCGCUUCUUCCAGGGCCUUAUGCGACCCCGCUUCUCCCGCUGGCCGCCGCGCGCGAUCCGUAUCCCGCGACCUGCAGGAAGUGACUAUAAGGAACCCGUGUCGGCUUGGCUCUACUUCGAUGGUCCCUUGACGGAUCUCGCGCGUCACAACAGAAUCGUACUGGACAUUCCUGGUGGUGGGUUCGUUGCUAUGGAUCCUCGGUGCAACGACGACAAGUUGUUUGCAUGGGCGUCCAAGACCGGAAUGCCCGUCCUAAGUUUGGACUACAAGAAGGCUCCCGAGUUUCCUUAUCCCUAUGCUCUGAACGAGUGUUUCGACGUGUACACUACCCUCAUCCGCAGCAAGGGAAGAUGCAUCGGCAUGUCUGGGAGAGAGACACCCAAGGUUGUUUUGACGGGCGAUAGUGCUGGUGGCAACUUGGCGACCGCAACAACCCUGAUGAUCGUCGAGCGAACGUCGGUUCCUAUGCGCCGAUAUUCGAGCACCGGAGACUUGCCGCUGCCUGACGGCCUGGUUCUUUUUUAUCCGGCGCUCGACAUGAACAUUGGAAACUGGAUGUCGGACGAGCAGAUGUCGCUGAUGAAGGAUAGAAGGUUGAGGAGCACCAACCAGCCCAUCAUCAGGAGAAAGAGCAUGCAGUACAAUGAUCUGGUCGGCACACCGCACCACACCGACGAUGAGGAAGACAGUUCCAACAAGCAAUCCACAGAGUUGACCACCAAGGAGGUCGAAAUCGCAUCGCAGCAGGCGCUCGCUAGUCCUCACCCCGAGUACUCACAUGGCGGUCCGCAGGGUCCUUCCGACAUGCAGUUCUCGACUGCAGACGUCAAACGGAAGCAGAGUACUUCUCAUCAUUCCGAGCCUUUGCGAACCCGCCUCGCCAUGUCCUCCAUGAUCUCAUACUUCAAUGAUCGUGUCCUUACCCCUGAGAUGAUGCGCGCUAUGAUCAUCCUCUACAUCGGCCCUCACAACCGCCCCGACUUCAGCAAAGACUACCUCCUCUCCCCCGUCCUGACCCCAGAUUCCCUCCUCGCCCGCUUCCCCAAGGUCUACUUCCUCACAGGCGAGCGAGACCCUCUCGUCGACGACACUGUCAUCUUUUCCGCACGCCUGCGCAAGGUGAAGGAGUCCAUGUUCGACCAAGCCCGCUCUGAGCGCUCCGACUUUGGCGAUGGGAUGGAACCCGUCUUCAACCCCAAGGAUGUCGCUGAGGUGAUGCUGAUCCCUGGUAUCUCCCAUGGAUUCUUGCAGUUCCCCACGGUCUACCCGCCGGCGUGGAAGCACUUUGAGAGGUCUGCGGAGUGGAUCACAGAGAUCUUUGCCUCCGCAGACGCCGUUCGGGAGCGCGAGAGCCGUGGGCGCCGAAGAGCUGGCGGGCCCAUCACAAAUGGCAACUCCGACGGACGCCAUCACAUCCGUGUCGAGUCGAGCGGCGAUGAGGAUCGUCCUUUGGAGAUCAGCAUGACGCGGGCCAACCGGAAGAACACGUUGACCAAGGAGCCACAGGCGAUGGACGAAAGCGAGUCAAUCGUUGACAAGGGCGAGGGCAGCGGGAAGAAGAAGAACGGGCGGGCCAGGGGCGCGAGCAAGAGCACCGGUGCGAGUCUGGUGAAGCUCAAGAGUACGGACGACUUGCUCGGCAGGAGGAUGCAGGGUCUCGCCGGUGGGCUUACAGGCGUAGGAGGUCAGGAGUAA